AUGGCUAAUAUCUCACAAACCCCCGUAUCAAGGCUACGCGCUGCUCUUUCAACGCCGGGACAUAUUGUCGUCAGUCCGGGGGUGUACGAUGGCCUCACUGCGAGAAUAGCCUUAGCGGCUGGUUUUGAUUGCUUGUAUAUGACAGGAGCGGGGACGACAAUGUCUCGACUUGGGAUGCCAGAUUUGGGCGUAGCUACUUUGAACGAUAUGAGGGACAAUGCAGCCAUGAUAGCUUCAUUAGAUACAUCCGUUCCACUAGUAGCGGAUGCCGACACAGGCUUUGGUGGUCCCCUAAUGGUCGGAAGAACAGUUUCGCAGUAUAUUAGAGCCGGGGUCGCCGCUCUUCAUCUUGAGGAUCAAGUGCAGUCGAAACGAUGCGGGCAUCUUAUGAACAAGGAACUUGUCUCGGAAACCGAGUUCAUCUCUCGGAUUCGAGCGGCAGUCCUAGCACGUGAGCAGGAGAAGGGAGACAUUGUCAUCAUCGCUAGAACGGAUGCAUUAGACUCGUUAGGUUAUGAUGCUGCUAAAGACCGACUAAGACAUGCGGUCGAGGCGGGGGCAGAUGUAGUUUUCCUCGAAGGUAUUCAGACCCGAGAACAAGGCAGACGAAUAUGUGAGGACAUGGCCCCUACACCGUGCCUCUUCAAUUGCGUUCCCGGCGGUGUUUCUCCCGUCUUGUCUGUGCAAGAAGCGAAAGAUUUGGGCUAUCGAAUGAUAAUACUUCCCGCAUUUGCCUUAGGGCCUGUCUACGAGGCGGUAACCGAAGCAGCCAAAGCCUUGAAGGAUACUGGUAUCUCCGUCGAAUCUAAGGCCAAAGCCGGCCCCAGAGACGUCUUCAUCGCGUGUGGGCUGAAAGAGUAUGUCGCUUUUGAUGCCGCGGCGGGGGGUAAGUCAUUCACAAAGGGGGUUUAAAGAUAUCUUCAGAAUAG